UCCUUUUUGCACAAUUCCACCCCUUCCUCCUCGAGCUCGAAUCUCCUCACAUCAGCGGUAGCGGUAGCGGCAGCGGCGGCGGCGUUAGUGUGUGGUGGGGGUUUGGAAUUUUCUGCUCAAAGGCCAUUGAGAUUGCCAUUGGGUUGCCAUUGGGUUGUCACUGAUUUGAGGCGGUAGAUGCCCAGGUUCAUGGCGGACCGUAUGGAACGGCAAAGACAACAUGGAGGAAGACCUGGACUUCCUCAACUACCCUCCCCCGGCACCGCCAACUGACGAUGAGGGGGAAGCUUUGCAAGCGCCGAGGAAAAAUUCAGGCCCCGAUGAGGACACUGAUGCCAUUCUGGAGAACAUCAUCUUGCCACCCCCCAUCCUUCCCGUUCACCAUGGGAGUUCUGAUCCGCAGCCAUUGCCAAAUGGUAGCUCAGAGCUGUCAACGCCACCUGCACGCUCACCACGGCCUUUGCAGGAGGACGUUCGAUCCUCUCGUGGGUCCGCACUUCCGCCCCCAAGCUUGGCUGGCUCGUCCCCUUUACAACACAGUCCAGCGCCCUCGCGUCCUUCACGAAGCUCGCCCUUGCUGCGCGGACAACGGAUCGCUGUGGGACCCCUACCAGACAGCGUGUCCUCCUUGAGCGUACCCCGCGACCUGGCAGGACUCUCUCAGCCCACCAGCCCCACCAGUCCUUCAGUCCGCUCCCUACAAGGCAUCGCUCUCCCGGACAGUGUGCCGGCUCAAGAGCUGGCCAACUUGUACAAUGAGCUCAUGGCCAAAGCUGAACAGCUUGAGCAACUCUUCCGUCAGCCCCCACCCGACUACCGAGCCACCUCGCUCAUGCAAGUGUCUCACUCCUACGAAGAUGAAGAGGAGGUUGAUGACACCACAUCUACGCUCAAUGCCACGGCCGAAAGCCCCACACCCUUGGCCACCACAGCGAGCAGAUCGCAGUCCAACAAGCCCUCGGGCUCCCAGCGCCCUGAUCCCACGACCCCAGGCAGUGUGCGCCCUCGCGCCUCCGUUCAUUGGAGCGAAGAUGUGCUCGACAACGAGAGCCCGGUUCACAAUGCCUCAACCAACCGUACAGCUGCCCACGCCGGCUUGGGCACUCCGCUAUCCCCUCUUCAGGAUCCCCCUUCGGUGCAUAUCAGUGAUAGUCCUCCCAGUAAGCAGGAUUCAACGGGCCGUGCCCACCGUGAAGAUAGUUUGGGUUCACUUGACAACGAUUCGGUCAUCAUCCGUGAUGAUGAACCCACCUGGACCAACAUCGACUUCUCCUCGACCAGCAGCAGCCCAGCGGCCGCAAAAAAGUUUCAG